AAGAAGGUUCCACAAGUGAGCAAGGAAGCGAGCUUGGGCAAACAAUGGGGUGGUUUUUCUUCGCGAGCAUCAUUUUUUACUACGUUCCCUAUUGUGUCCGUUCUAUUAAAGCGUAAACAAAGCGUAAAAAGCAUCGGAUCUACUUGAGUUAGCUUGCAUUUAACCAGUCGAUAGUCGAUCCAGUCAGCUUGAGUUAGCUUUCACCACCUCAGCCUUCUAUAAAGAAGGGUUGUGGCCAAGCCUUCAACCCUCCUCCCUCACACAAGAAGUACAAGAGCUAGCCGACGGCCAAGAGCCACCACUGCGACGCCAGCCUCUCUCUGCCGUUCAUGGAUCAGCAACCUCCGAUUCCUCCUUCCGAUCUCAAGCUCCUCGGCUCCUGGGCCGACUCCCACACCCACCGCGUCCAGCUCGCCCUCAAGCUCAAGGGGCUGCCCUUCCAGUACCAAGAAGAAGACCCCCUCCGCCCCUCCGCCGCCCUCCUCAUCCACAACCCCGUCUACAAGAACCUCCCCGUCCUCCUCCACCGCGGCUGCCCCGUCCUCCACUCCAUCAUCAUCCUCCACUUCCUCGACGACACGUGGCCGCACCACCGCUCGCUGCUCCCCUCCGACCCCUUCGACCGCGCCACCGCCCGCUUCUGGUCCCACUUCGCCGACGACAAGCUCGCCCCCGCCGUCGCGGCCGUCUUCUCCUCCGAGGGCGACGGCCAGAAGGCCGCCGUCGACCAGGUCCACCAGAACCUGAAGCUGCUGGAGCUCGAGCUCGGCGACGGCGGCGCGUUCGGCGGGCGGAGGUUCUUCGGCGGCGACGAGAUCGGGUUCCUCGACAUCGUCCUCGGCUGCGGCUCCUACUGGCUCGCCGUCUUCGAGGAGGUCAUGGAAGUGAAGCUGGUGGACCCCGAGGCGUUCCCGCGCUUCCACGCCUGGCUCCGCGACUUCGAGGACCAGAGGGAGGUCAAGGAGACGAUCCCGGCCAUCGACAAGCUGCUCGAGUACGCGAGGACCGUCCGGCAGAUGAUGCUGGGCGGUGUUGCCACCGCGGCCGCCGGCGACAAUGCCGCUUCUAAUUAGUUAAGUACUAUGCUUCAGUAGCUCCACGGCUCUUCGUUUCUGUAAUUACAGUCCUCGUCGUCCACGUCAUCGUCGUUUCUAUGUUUAAUUAAUCUGGUUUAUGGCAAUUAAUGAAGGAUUAUCAGGCAGACACAA